GUGACUUGCAAUCCAGCUGAUGCCCACAUGGGAGGUUGGUUUGGCUCCUCCAGAAAACUUUCUCACCUUUUUCUAGUUAAUGUUGUGCUCUGGUUACCCAAAAAAGUUGUUCCAUUGGGUACCAACUCUUCUGGUCAAUCAAUAACAGAGAAAGCAUCCACAGGAACUCCUCUUCUCCAAUCCGUCGUCGAAGAGUAUGUGGCUGCCAGGUGUAAUGCUGACCAUGAGAAGGGACCGGAAAGCUGGGAGAGGUGGUGCCAAGGACACAGACUGACAUCGUCACAUGGUGCUGAAUCAGUGGAGAGGCUUUGGUGGGGUUGGGAGAUCCAGCUCAAUCAUGGCACCUUGGAGGAGCAGUAUCUCUGCCUGUGAGGUAUAUCUCCACUACCUUGUUGAUUCAUUAUGGCAUGAAACUCCCACUAGCAAAAGGAUUCCAUGGAUGGAGCCACCUCUCCAUGCAGAAGCUUUUCGGAGAAAUCUGAAACUUUCCAAUCUUUUUUCUCUCGUUAAAGGGGGAAGAGAGGUAAGAAAAGGUAUGAAAGGAGGUCAGUGAUACAGAUAACAAAAAGUGAUGCGAGAGCAGAAGCAGAACGAGAGAGAGAGAGAGAGAGA